AUGGCUGUCUCGAGGAGAGCGUCCUGGCUGGUGCCUCUGUUCCUCGCUCUCCUUCACCGGGAGCCCGACGCGGCGGCCAGGGUCAAUGACAUCCUCCCUCCGGGGGAACCGGACUACACCCUGCCCGACUACCGCGGGAAAGGCUGCAUCGAUGACAAGGGCUUUGUGUUUGACGUGGGCGAGAGGUUCUACCCCACCGCCAGGUCCUGCCCCUGCGUCUGCACCGCGGUGGGGCCCGUCUGCAGCAAGCCCCACUGCCCCAGGCUCCCCGCCCGCUGCGUCCGGGUCAGUUACCGCUCCUGCUGCCCACGCUGCCUGCAGGUCCGUAACUCGUGCCAGUACGGAGGCCAGACCUACAAGCUCUACCAGGAGUUCCGGCCGUCAGCCUGUGAGAAGUGUCGCUGUGAACCAGACCGCCAGGUUUACUGCCUGACGGCAGAGUGUGCUCCCGUCUACUGCGUCAACCCGUCCUACGAACCCAACCGAUGCUGUCCCGUCUGCAGGCAGGGUCCCAACUGCUUUGCGGGGACCACCAUCAUCCCCGCCGGCGUCAAGGUGGAAAUGGACGGCGUCUCUGUCUGUUUCUGUCCCUACAAGGACGGGUCCUGGGAGCCCCAGCAGCAAGCCAUCUGCGGCCCCCGCGGCUGGAGGCAGUCUCAUCACUACACGGUGGGGCCCUGAGGACCGGAGCCCGGGCAUGUGCCCAGCGCCGGAGUCGUGGGGCACCACAGGCACGGAAACAGGCCCUUCGGCCCAUCGAGUCCCGUGCCGAACCAUUCACCUGCUUCCUUCCAUCGACCCGCACCCGGACCCGAGCCCUCUGUGAGAAGCAGAAUCAGGCCACUCGGCCCAUCGUACCUGCUGCACCAUUUCACCCCAUUCCAAAAAGCGUACUUCUCCAAAGUUCUCUUAGACGUUGAAACUCGACCCUGCGCCCCCCA